AUGGGGGAGACGGAGGACGACAAUGGAGCCAAACUGUUUGAAAACUUUGUCCUGGCGUCCACCUGUAAGGGCGCACUGCAGGCCUUCAACGUGAUGUGCCAAAAACUGGACCUGGAUCCAUCGGACAACAGCACGUUCUAUGCUGAUCUCAAAGCCAGAGUGACCUACUGGAAAGCCAAAGCGCUAUGGGCCAAACUGGACAAGAGAAUGUCCCAUAAGGAGUACAAGAACGGUCAAGCUGCCGAGGGCACACGGUGUCUGAUUAUCGGUGGAGGGCCGUGUGGCUUACGCGCUGCCAUAGAGCUGGCACUGAUGGGAGCUAAAGUGGUGGUGAUCGAGAAAAGAGACUCCUUCUCCAGACACAACGUGCUGCAUCUUUGGCCUUUCACCAUUCAUGAUCUGCGAGGACUUGGAGCCAAAAAGUUUUAUGGGAAAUUCUGUGCUGGAGCCAUAGACCAUAUAAGUAUCCAGCAGCUGCAGCUCAUCCUGCUGAAAGUGGCCCUCCUUGUUGCUGUAGAGUUUCAUAUCAAUACAGAGUUUGUCCAACUGCUGGAGCCUCCCCAAGACCAAGAAAAGCAAGAGGUGGGUUGGCGUGCAGCUGUCCGUCCUGCUGAUCAUCCUGUGGCCGACUUUGACUUUGACGUGAUCGUGGGAGCCGAUGGACGUCGCAAUACUCUUGAUGGGUUCAAAAGAAAAGAGUUCAGAGGGAAGCUGGCCAUUGCAAUCACUGCAAACUUCAUUAACAGAAACACCACAGCUGAGGCCAAAGUGGAGGAGAUCAGUGGAGUGGCUUUCAUCUUUAACCAAAAGUUCUUCACGGACCUCAAAGAAGAAAUGGGUAUAGAUUUGGAGAACAUUGUGUACUACAAAGACAACACACAUUAUUUUGUCAUGACUGCCAAGAAACAGAGUCUGCUGGACAAAGGAGUCAUCAUGCAUGAUUAUGUAGACACGCAAAUGUUGCUCAGCAGUGAAAACAUCAACCAGGAAGCUCUUCUGUGCUACGCCCGGGAGGCAGCUGACUUUGGCACCAAUUACCAACUUCCCACGCUGGAUUUUGCCCUAAACCACUGCGGCCAGCCAGAUGUUGCCAUGUUUGACUUUACGAGCAUGUACGCCUCAGAGAACGCCGCUCUGGUGCGGGACCGGGGCGGACACCAGCUGCUGGCGGCUCUGGUCGGCGACAGUCUGCUGGAGCCCUUCUGGCCCAUGGGAACAGGUUGUGCUCGGGGUUUUCUGGCUGCGUUUGAUCUUGCCUGGAUGGUGAAGAGCUGGGCUGAGGGUCGGCCUGUCCUGGAGGUGCUGGCAGAGAGAGAAAGUGUUUACAGAUUACUUCAUCAAACAACACCUGCAAACAUUGCUAAAAACUUUGACCAGUACACCAUCGACCCGGGGACCCGAUACCCAAACAUCAACGAGUCCGCUGUCAGGCCGCACCAGGUGAAACAGUUUUAUAUCAACGGAGAAAUUAAAAGCUGCUCUCUGGAGCGAGCUGCGACCAUCCGCCGGCCGGUCAAUCUCCGCAGACGAGAGUCAGAGAUCCGGCCGGCGAGGCUCCUCACGUGGUGUCAGAAGCAGACUGAAGGCUACAGCGGCGUGGACAUCACUGACCUGAGCUCAUCAUGGCUCAGCGGCACCGCGCUCUGUGCCCUCAUCCACCGCUUCAAACCACAGCUCAUAGAUUUGGAUUCCCUAAAAGAGGAAGACCAAGCAGAAAAACUACAGCUUGCGUUUGACAUAAGCGAACGUGAAUUUGGUAUUCGGCCGUUUACGACCGGGACAGAACUGUGUUCAGACCAGGAGUUGGAUAAGACCCAGAUGGCCGCAUACCUGUCCAAGUUCUAUGAGCUCUUCCGGGGCACGCCGUUACCCUCAUCAGGUCCUGAAGGGGUGGAUGAAAAUAGUGAAGAUCCAUCAAAAGGCAUCCGGCGAAAUAACAAGGUGCUGAAUCUUGCCUUGACAAGAAAGAGGGUUCCAAAGGAGGAGAAGAAAACAGACAGCGCAGACAAUAUUUACAAAAGAAGGCGGAAAUUUGGAUAUUUAGAAGAGGCCACCAACCUUUCCAGUAAUAGAUCUGCAGUGCCAGACGACUCUGGCCCCAAAGAGAACAAGGUUCGCUCGAUGGCAUCACAGCUCCUCGCCAAGUUUGAAAACAAGCCCAAUUCCACCAUCCGAAGACAGUUACUGCCUAACUAUAUUGACAUGAGAGAGAUUCUGCAAGUCAGGCUCAGACCUACCCCCAUCCCUACACCUCGGCCGGUCAUAGAGUCCGCUAUUACGUCACCGCUUGCGUUUCUGAGACCCGUGGACAGAUCCAGACCUCUUCAGCCUGUGUCUGAGCAGCUGUUCUGUGUGGUGAAGCUGAGACAUGUCGAUCAUCACACACAUGCCCAGACUGUGCCCCCCCCUCCACCUGACAGCCCCCCACCUCCUGCCUCCCUGACCGCAGCCCAGCUCAUGUCCAGAGUCCUGCGGCGUCUCAGAGAAGUGGACCAACACGUCUCUGAGAUAAAGGCACAUACACAACAAACAAGGGAGUUUCACACAAAAUCAAUCAAAGAGAAGGCUGUUCACCUCACUGGGAUGUUUUCAAGUGAAACGCCCGCUGCUCAAAAGGGCGGUGUUCGCAGGACCAUCCCUCAGUCCGCAGACCGGUGCCGGGCGUGUGAGCGGCGUGUGUAUCUGGUGGAGCGGGUGAGCGCAGAAGGACUGUUCUUUCACAGAGAGUGUUUCCGAUGCUCUUCUUGUCACUCCACUCUGAGACUGGGAGCAUACGCCUUUGACCCAGAGCAAGGUCAACUUUACUGUCAGCUUCACUUUGAUCAACGCAGCAAUGGGACACAUCUGAGGAGGACUUUCUCUCACAGAUCAAAUGGCACUGGGAGUGGAUUAGUGGAGAAGAGCGUGCUGCAGGAGCAGACCAGGACUCCUAUGGUUGCUCAGAGUUCCUCUUCAGUCUGUCACUUUCUUGAGGAUUCAGUUCCUGAUGAGGACUGA